AUGGCUAUUAACAAUAUUACAUUCAUUGAAGAUCUUGACAAACAGAAGGAUGAUUUCACUGUGAAGGUCCGAAUUGCUAGACUGUGGAAGCAAUCGGUGUUUAAAAAUCCGUACGAAAUAUAUUCCAUUGAAAUGAUAUUUAUGGAUGAACAGAGCACACUAAAAUACAAGCAAUUGUACUACAAAAAUGGGUUCCUAAGUUCAAGUCGCAAAUCUGCUCCAAACUCAGAUAUACAGAGGUUCCGUGUUGAACAUAUAGAGCCUGUAUACAGGUCUGCAAUGAGUAUGGAAGCAAGUUCAGCUGCGCUAUGUGGUAUAUGCAGAUGGUUAAUGGCUGGAAACAAUAUACAGAAGGAUAAUUCCACUGUCAAGGUUCGAAUUGUUAGAUUGUGGAAGAAAUCGAUCUUUAAAAACCCGGAUGAAAUAUACUCCAUUGAAAUGAUAUUAAUGGAUGAACAGGGCACCAAAAUACAAGCAAAUGUCUUGCAAAAAUGGAUUCCUAAGUUCACGAACUUACUUCAGGAAGGCGCUGCAGUUUUUAUUAAGAAUCCUACAAUUGCUCGAUAUGCAACGAAAUUAAUGGUUGGAAACAAUAUUGCAUUCAUUGACGAUCUUGACAUACAAAAGGAUGAUUUCACUGUCAAGGUUCGAAUUGUUAGAUUGUGGAAGCAACCGGUGUUUAAAAACCCGGAUGAAAUAUACUCCAUUGAAAUGAUAUUAAUGGAUGAACAGGCACCAAAAUACAAACAAAUGUCCUAUGUAAUUGGGGAGGUUAUUGCUUGUGAGACAAUGGUGACUCUUCUAGAUAGCAAUGGAAAAGCCAAAAGAAGAAUGCAACUUAAGAUGCAGGAUUUGGGGGGAGUUAAAAUACAAGUUACAUUGUGGGAUGCCUUCGCUGAGGAAUUGAAUAAUUGUGUUUCUACAAACAAGGACAAGGGGAUUGUUGUUCUUGUUAUUCAAUUCGCAAUGGUCAAAACUUACAGAGAAAAACCAUUUCUUUCUAACUCAUUCAAUGGUACGAGGUUGUUCAUCAAUUCGGACAUUGAUGAAAUUAAGGAUUUUAAGAAAAGUUUGAAUCAGAAAAGUGGCGAAUCAAAAUUGUCACAACAGAUUUCAAUGCUCUCUGGAAUGUCUUAUUCAUAUCAUGAAGAUUUUCUAGACAGAACCAAUAGAGCAAACAUUGUUGAAAUCAGUGAGAUUGUUGAGGCGAAAUCACUAAUUGUAUUAGGAACRGUGAAAGCAUUUAGAAAAGAUGUCCCUUGGUUUUACAUGGGUUGCACGAGGUGUAACCGCAAGGUUCGACCCACUUACAUUAUUAGUGACAAGGAUGAUGACUCUGGUAUGAAAGGAGAGAGGGACAGUUUUGAUUGUAUGAUUGAUAGAUGCAGAGGUAACCAGACAGAAGUGUUGCUAAAGUUCAGAAUUUCUUUGAGAGUUCAAGAUGAUACUGGAAUUGUAUCAUUGACAUUAUUUGAUCGAGAAGCUAAUAAGGUUUUGAACCAAACGGCAACAGAGUUGUAUGAGAAAGUUAAAAAGAGUGGUGAUGUAGACAUGUUUUUAGAUGAGUUGGAUGUUUUGCUUGAUCGGAGGUUUGCAAUAAAAAUUGAUAUAACUGAUUACAAUAUUAAGAACAGAUGUUUCAUUUAUGGCAUUUCAAAGCUAACAGAUGAUGAUGCCAUUUUGAAUGAUUUGGAGAUGAGAUGCGCUUCUCAACAGCCUGCUGAAUCUGAAUCAGUAAAUCUGCAUUCAACAUAUUUCAGUUCCCAAGAUAAGUUAAAGGAUGUUGUUUCAUAUACUGGUGAGAAUGCAACACCAUCCGAUGCUGAUAAAAGCACUACAGACAAUCCGGAUUCAGAAGAAAAGUUGUGUGAGAAAAGUCUUAGCAAAAGAGUUGAAAGGAAGCGGCUUUUUGAAAGUUUGUAUGAUGCCGAUCAGGAAGGAAAAGGAUCGGCUAUAUAA